ACCACUUUACUAACAAUUGUUUUUGUUUUUUUAUAAUCAAUUCUCAUUAAAUAACAUCAUAAUAACAAUUAAAUAUAUGCUAUUUUUUUAACUUUACAACAAAAUAAAUAAAAAAAAAAUUAAAAAAGAAUUUAAAAUAAAUUUUACUUCAUAAGUUAAUGAAUUUCAUCUGAAAAAUUUUAGCGGUAAUUUUAAGUUGUGAUUUGAAAUUUAAAAAUGAUAAAAAUUGUAAAAUAUUUAAAUUCAGACCAUCACCGAAAAAGUUUUAGAUGAACAAAUAAAUAAAUUAUUCAAAAUGUCAAAUUUUAAAACGGCCUAUAAAUUGUCAAAAAAUUUAAAUGAUAAUUUUUUAACCACUGGCUGUAAGAUAAUUGAUAAUUUAUUACGCGGUGGUAUUUCGAAACGAGGAAUUACACAGUUUUAUGGGAUUGCUGGUUCUGGAAAAACACAAUUAGCUUUGCAAUUAUGUUUAACAUCACAAAUACCGACUUCAAGUGGUCAUCAAACUGGUGUUAUUUAUAUUUGUACAGAAGCUAAAUUUCCAUCUAGACGUUUCCAACAGUUAUUACAAAUGUCACCAAUUGCUAAAAAGUAUAACAUUAAUGGAAAUAAAGUAUUUAUUGAACAUAUAUCAACAGUAGAUGAUUUGGAGAGUUGCAUAGUACAUAAAAUACCAGUCAUGCUAACAAGAGAAGAAAUAGGAUUGAUCGUAAUUGAUUCGAUAGCUGCACCAUAUCGUGUUGAAUAUGAAACUCUUAAUUUGAAAGAUCGCGCGAAAAGUCUGCGUAGUAUUGGCAGAGCUUUACAUAAUUAUUCAAAGAAUAAUAUCUGUAUCAUUUGCAUCAAUCAAUUAACAGCAGCAAUCGAUGAUAAUUUGAUUACUGAUCGAGUUUGCAAUAAUGGAACACCAGCUCUUGGUAUUAUUUGGGCUUGUCAAGUAACAAAUUCAUUCUGUUUUUGUAAAUUUAACGAUCAACGGCACAUACAUACCAGAGAAUCUCCGUAUUUAGACAGAAAAACUUUAACUUUUUGUGUCAAUAACGAAGGAGUCUAUGGUUUAGAUGAAAUUACAUAGAAAAAUUAUAAAAUUCAAAAAUUUCUUAUAUAAAAAGUUUCUUAAUUUUAAAUGAAUCCUAAAAAUUAAAUCUUAUGGUUCAUUUCUUAUUUAUUAAAAAUAAUUUAAAAUGCGAAUAUUAUUCUAAGAAAUAAGUAUUAAUUAUUAAGUUUAACGUUACUCUAUAAAUUCCAAAGAAACAACAGAUUAGUGAUGAGCAAGUAUUCAAAUUUAUAAAUAAAUAAAGUGGUCAAUUGUAAAAUAUUUU